CUCGACCAAUAAAAACAUCCCUUCUCAUACACAUCUUAACAGAUAAAAAUACACCAAAUAAGGAAAGUAUACCAUGAAAAGCAAGGCUGCCGCCCCCUCCAAGCGCGUUUACGAGGAUUUCGAGCCUGAAUGCAAAUGGAACAAUGAGGAAGGGCGUGAUAUUAUCGAGCUCCAUGUCCAAGGUUUCAAGAAGGACCAACUCCGGGUCCAAGCCAGCAGCUCCGGGGCCCUGACCGUCACCGGCGAACGCCCUCUCGACGACCGGAGAUGGAGCCGGUUCCGCAAAGAAUUCAAGCUCCCGAACAAGUACAAGCUCAACGAAACCCGCGCCAAGCUGGCCGGCGACGUCCUCCACGUCAUAUUGCUCAAGGAGAGGCCUCCCCAGGCCGCCGAUGCCACGCAGGUAAAACCACAAACAGGCGGUGGGCUGGGGCGGAGCGGCAGCGGGAAGCCGGCGGCGGCCGCCGUGGCGGCGCCGGGCGGGACGAACGACGGUAUGCUGUGGCUCAGGGCGCCGUCAUGGGUCGUGGGUAUCGACAAGAAGAGGGUUCUGCUGGUUCUGGCGGCGGUGGCGGCGCUGGUCGGGGUCGGAGUUGGCGGGUUCUUGACUUGGAGAUAUCUGAUUUUAUGACGCAACUUGUGCUCGUAACGGUC